AUGGCAACAAACAACAUCGUGGUUUUGGGGGCCGGUGUGUCUGGCUUGACAACUGCGUAUCUACUCUCGCAGGACCCGGCCAACAAGAUUACUGUGCUGGCAAAACACAUGCCUGGAGACUAUGAUAUUGAAUAUGCAUCUCCGUGGGCCGGUGCCAACUACAUGCCGGUCGGAAAAGAAGGAAGUGCUCACCAUGCAUGGGAGCGCGAUACGUGGCCCGCAUUGAAAGCAAUUGCAGAGAAGUACCCAGAGGCUGGUAUUCACUUCCGAGGCACUUUGAUCUAUAACCGAAAGAAAGAUCAGGAAUCUGCCACUGGGCAGUGGUUCUCGGAGUUGGUUCAGCCAAACCCGUGGUACAAGGAUGUCGUGCCGGAUUUCAAAAACAUCCCCUCUGAUCAGCUGGCGCCUGGGAUUGACAACGCCCAAGAAUUCACCUCCGUCUGCAUCAACACACCCGUCUACUUGUCUUGGCUAGUGGGUCAAUGUGUGAAGAACGGCGCGGUGUUCCAGCGCGCUGUUUUCAAGCAUAUCGCUGAUGCAGCCAAUGCCCAUCAUACAGGCCAGAAGGCUGAUAUCGUUAUUAACUGCACUGGUCUAUCAUCCAAGACCCUUGGCGGAGUCCUCGAUGAGAAGAUGUAUCCUGCUCGUGGCCAGAUCGUCGUAGUCCGCAACGAUCCAGGACCAAUGGUCUCGGCAUCUGGAACCGAUGAUGGAGAAGACGAAGCAUUGUACAUCAUGACCCGAGCCGCAGGUGGGGGUACUAUCCUCGGUGGAUCUUAUCAAAAGCACAACUGGGAUGGAACGCCAGACAUGAACCUUGCGAACCGUAUCAUGAAGCGUGCUAUUGCGAUCGCCCCGAGCCUCGUUAAGAAGGGACAAGGGAUUGAAGGAUUGGAUAUCAUCCGACAUGGCGUUGGCUUGCGGCCUCUGAGGGAGGGUGGUCCUCGCAUUGAAAAAGAGAAAAUCGACGGCGUCUCCGUUGUGCAUAACUACGGCCAUGGUGGCUUCGGCUACCAAGCUUCAUUUGGCUGUGCAGAUACCGCUGUGUCUUUAGUCAAGGAAGUCCUGCAGAACAAAUCGCGGGCUAAGCUCUAA